AUGGAGUGGCUUCCCAUCCUGAACAAGGGAACUACUCUCAACUUGGGAUUUGUCAAGGUUGUCAAGAACAAGGCUUAUUUCAAGCGGUACCAAGUGAAACUCAGGAGGAGGAGAGAGGGGAAGACUGACUACUAUGCUCGGAAACGUCUAAUUGUCCAGGACAAGAAUAAGUACAAUAGUCCUAAGUACAGGCUCAUUGUACGAUUCACCAACACCAAUGUCAUAUGCCAGAUUGCAUGUGCUCAAGUUCAGGGUGACAAGAUUGUGUGUGCUGCAUACAGCAGUGAGCUUCCUCACUAUGGAGUGAAAGUUGGGCUCACCAACUACGCUGCAGCUUAUUGCACUGGGCUUCUUGUUGCUCGAAGGCUCUUGAAGAAAACUGGGCUGGAAAAGACCUAUGUAGGGUGUACUGUAGCCAAUGGUGAAGAAUACUCUGUGGAGAGUCUUGAGGAUGGUCCUGGACCAUUUCGUUGUUAUUUGGAUGUUGGUCUUACUCGAACCACCACUGGAGCACGUGUCUUUGGGGCUAUGAAGGGAGCAGUGGAUGGGGGUUUGGAUAUUCCUCAUAGCUCCAAGCGCUUUCCAGGUUUCAAUACUGAGACUAAGGAGUAUGAUCCUGAGGUCCAUCGUCAGCAUAUCCUUGGCAUCCAUGUGGCAGAGUACAUGAAAAAGCUUCUGGAGGAUGAUGAAGAUGCCUACAAGAGGCAGUUCUCACGUUACAUCAAGCUUGGCAUAACAUCUGAUGAUAUGGAGCCCAUGUACAAGAAGGCACACGAGCACAUUCGCAAGGAUCCUUCGCCUAAGCCAGUGAAGAAGGACAGGACUGGCAAGGUGCAGAAGAGGUGGAAUAGGCGCAAGCUGACUCUUGCUGACCGAAAGAAUAAGGUUGCCCAGAAGAAGGCAUCUUUCCUGGCCAAGCUGGAGAAAGGAGAGGUUAAUGCUGCUGACCUUCCUAAAUAGUGAAAAUGCCACAUUGAGGUUUAUUAAUAAAUGAGGUGGCUCCUGAAUGGGA